AUGACUCUCACCGUGUUAACCGACGACCAGAUCUCGGGGCUGGUCUCCAACUUGACCAAGGAAGAGCUCCAGAGGUUUAUGGGGGUUUUGAGAGGGGCGUUGCACGAGUAUUCAACCGCCACGACUGUCCCCUCUAAAGAAAAUGCUGCCGCCACCGCCGCCCCGGAGAUCCACCAGCCGGAGAGGACGUCGAUAAACAGCAAGGCCACCGGGGCCACGACGUUGUUCAUGCCGAGUUCUAGCUCUGUCGGGACGGGGAUGAAAGUCGUCACGUUGACCUCCCCUUCCGCCGAAGGGGAUGAAGACGCACGCCCAAAGGAAAACAUCAAACCCACCGGCGCGAUAACGUUGUUCUCACCUCACGGCACGCCCCUUGGAUUCCUCCACGCCUCUACUCUGACGGCCUUUCGCACCGCGUUGGCUUCCCUGCUGCUCAUCUCGAAGCGAGACCCCUCGUCCCAUUUGAAAACCAUUACCGUUUUUGGGACUGGUGCCCAGGCGUACUGGCAUAUCCGGCUCUCUUUGCUUUUGCUGGGGCAGCAUAUCCACCAGGUCAACAUUUUGUCCCGGUCGUUCUCGCCGCCGGUGUCCUCCCUCCUCAAGUCGUUUUUGACAUGUCCAAACAGGGAGAAGGAAGGCUGGGAAAACACCCAGUUUUCGGUUUUGACGCCGGCGCAUAAUGAGUAUGAGAGGUUGCUGAAGGAGCAAUUGCUGGAGUCAGAUGUGAUUAUCUGUUGUACUCCGAGCACAAAACCGCUGUGGGAUGGGGGGAUUCUGACCAGUCAUGAGGGGAGGCAGAAGGGGAGGUUGAUUGUGGCUAUUGGGAGUUAUAAGCCGGAUAUGCAGGAGAUUCCGCAGAGGUGA